GCUCCUUCACUAGACUUCCCUCAUGCUAUUAAACCAAUACUUUUAUCAUUAUUGUUCCUGACCCAAUUCCACAGCUAGCAGACACCCACCCACUCUGACUACUACUAGUACCCACCUAUACUUCCUAUGGCAUAUGACGGCUGUAAAAUAAUGCUGCCCACUUACGCAUUGGCUGUCGUUGCCGAAGUAACACUAACAUGCCCCUGGUUGGCUCAAAGACGAUAACUUUGUGGAAAUGCCGUCUGUCUCUGGAGUUUAUCAUCCUGGUCUCCUUGCUAAAGUGAGCAGACAUAUCCUUUUGGGGAGUCCUGGAUUGGACUUACAGCCUCAAGCUGGCAGUAAGGCGUCUAGUAUGUGGUGCCCCCUCGCAUCAUGAGAUACAGCAGCACAGGAGGCAAAAACAGUAAAACCCAGGGGUCCCCUGGCUCCAGCACCACCAAGACUCUAUCACCGCACCCCAAUACGAGGAACCGCAGCCAGUCACCUCUCUCUCAGGUCGCCUCUGCGGACAGCAUCACCAUUAGCCGGGAGCAUCGCGUAAAGUUUAGCACCAAAACUGCACAGUGCCCAGAGCACUGCGGCGCUGCCAGAAACAGCUGCGUAGAGAAGCUAAUGGAUGGAAAUGAGAAAGAUAGGGCAAAGAGGGCUUUACGUAACAAGUCUGAGAAAAAAAGGCGGGACCAGUUCAAUGUACUUAUCAAAGAGCUCAGCACCAUGUUACCCGGGAAUGCCCGCAAGAUGGAUAAAACCACCGUGCUGGAAAAAGUUAUUGGCUUCCUAAAAAAACACAAUGAAAUUACAGCUGAGACAGAGGGCAGAGAUAAUCAUCCGGACUGGAAGCCAUCAUUCCUCAGUAAUGAAGAGUUCACCCAACUGAUGCUGGAGGCACUUGAUGGCUUCAUUAUAGUGGUUACAACAGAUGGGAGUAUCAUCUAUGUUUCUGAUAGUAUCACACCAUUACUUGGGCAUUUACCGUCAGACAUCUUGGAUCAAAAUCUGUUGAAUUUUUUGCCAGAGCAAGAACAUUCCGACAUUUAUAAAAUUCUGUCUUCACAUAUGCUUGUAACAGAUUCUACUGCUCUUAACUAUUUGAAUGCUGAGAAUGACUUGGAAUUUUGCUGUCAUCUUUUAAGAGGAGCUCUAAAUCCCAAAGAAUUCCCAACAUAUGAAUAUAUAAAGUUUGUAGGAAAUUUUCGUUCCUGUAGCAUUGUACCUCUUUCUUCAUGUAAUGGUUUUGAAGGGGCUGUUUCAAGAACGUAUAGAGCACAGCUUGGUAAGCAGACGUGCUUCAUUGCUACAGUCCGACUUGCAACACCACAAUUCCUAAAGGAAAUGUGUACUGCUGAGGAAUUAUUUGAAGAAUUUACAUCAAGGCAUAGUCUAGAAUGGAAAUUUCUGUCUCUUGAUCACAGGGCUCCACCAAUCAUAGGAUACUUACCUUUUGAAGUUCUUGGUACUUCAGGAUAUGAUUACUAUCAUGUAGAUGACCUAGAGAUAUUAGCCAAAUGUCACGAACAUUUGAUGCAAUUUGGGAAAGGAAAGUCUUGCUGCUAUCGGUUUCUUACCAAAGGUCAACAGUGGAUUUGGCUUCAGACUCAUUAUUAUAUAACUUACCAUCAGUGGAAUUCCAAGCCUGAGUUUAUUGUAUGCACACACUUUGUUGUGAGUUAUGCAGAUGUUCGAGUGGAAAGGAGACAAAAGAUAAAUAAGGAUAAUACCUCAUCAGAAGCCAUUGUCACAUCCGCACUAAAGGACCGAGACCUAAGUGUGGACAGUGAAAAGCAGUUUGACAUGCUUGAAGUUAGUGCCUCACAACUCAGUCGCAGUUGUUCCCCUUCAGUUUCCACAGGAAGCUCACAUAAAACUUCUGAACCGGCAUCAGCAACACCUUCAAAGCAGACGACAGACGUUAAGUCAUUUGAAAGAGUUCCUAGCGUGCAUCAAGACUUGCCACUUCAAAGAAUGAAUCAGCCCACCACAGUCCAGGCUGCAGUAUCAGCUCAGCAAUGUGAUGUCCAGCAACAGUUGGUACAGCAAACCACACAGCAGAGAGAGCAGGUUCCUGUUUCCCAGUUUUCUGCACACGGCAUGUUCCAAACUAUCAAAAACCAACUUGAACAGAGAAGCCUGAAUAUCCAGGCCAACAUACGAUGGCAGCAGGAAGAGCUACAAAAGAUCCAGGAGCAGCUCAGUAUGGUUCAGGACCCUAAUUUACAGGUCUAUUACCAGCCUCAGAUUGUUUCUGUGAGCCUUAGCAAUGUACAACAGAGUGACCCCCAGCAACAACAAACACCCCUGGGGUCCAGCUGUAUACCUCAGCAACAACAAAUAGUAUCUACUUCUUCAGCUUCAGGACAGAUGCUAACCUCUCAAAUUGCAAACCAGCACCUGAUACCACCUGCUUCAGUGAUGAGGGAUAGCAAUGCCAUGUCCUGCAAGGGACAGAAACCACUAAGAAGCAUAACAGGAAUAUCGAGCAGUGGCCACUCAGCCGAUGUAAUCCCUACCUCUCAACUCAACACUCCCACAGCAUUGUCACAGAAUAUAAUUACAGCACCCUCUGCUGGUGUACAGCUGAAAGACCCUCAGCAUCAUGGAGUUCCAGAUUUCAGUCACGACAGACAGCUGAGGCUCCUCCUCAGUCAACCUAUCCAACCAAUGAUGCCAAGCUCGUGUAGUUCAAGAAGCUCAUCAGAUAAUGGACAUCAGUCAAACAGAUAUUUACAAAGCCCACAAAUAUUACAAAAUUUGGAGGUGCAGACUUCAGUCAACAAUGGCCCUAUAGUGCUAAUGGGUCAAGCGAUCAUACACCCUGGGUUUACAGCACCGCAUUCUACCCAACAACAGAAUAUCUCACCUAUGCAAGUUCAGCAGCCACAACAGCAGUUUGUUCAGGUGGCAGCAUCAAGCACUUUACACAAAGAUCAGUCCGGCACUUUGAUUCUGCCUACUUACUCCCAGCAUCAACGGUCUUUGGGAUUACAACAGCAAAUGACCCCAAGAAGAACUAAUAGUCUCUCUGAGACGUAACAAGUCAAAAUACAGGUGGCAAGCCUGAAGUUUAAUAUUUUACUGUAAAGUAGUGCUACAUCGCCAGGAAGAUAUUGGGUUCAUUCUGUAAAGUGCUAAUGGGAGAGAUGGUUCUGGACCUAUGUAGACAACAUUUUGCAGAAAGAAAUGCUUGUUCUUGUGAUGCCCUUCAAGACAAAUAUUUCUUCUGUGUCAAGCUCUGAUAUCAAAGUUCAAUGUCCCGUGAUAUUAUGAUUUGCAGAACCUAGAAGCACUUUGAAGAAGGACUGAAAACAUGUACAGUCUGUCUGACCAAAGAAAGAAGGUGGUACAGAAAACUCACAGCCCACGAUUUCAAAAUUUGUUCUCGCUGGAGUGUUCGUACACGUGUUUUUGCCUCAUACCAACAGCUAAAGGUGCAUUGACCCGUUGGUUUGUCUACUGGUGUAUAUUUUAUGUGGAGCCGUCAUUUUUGAAACACUAGCGCAUCUCAUACAUUUCCAAAUAAGUAGUUACAAAUGAUGUGUUUCUAAAUGUUACGUCUUCUUAUAAACAAAUGAGAAGCAGAUGCUUAAAGAGGUAUUUUUGUUUACCUACCUACCUCUGGAGACCCGCUGGUCCUGCUGCAGCCCCUAUUCGACUCCUUUAUGCCCCCCCACUGAGAUAAGAGCUUGAAGCAGGACCUGCCCUUUUGGGACACCGCUGUGGCCAGUGAUUGGCUGAGCCUGCAGGUCCUGCUCGGAGCUCCCGUCUAGGAAGCAGAGAGAAGAGACGAGUGCUGGGUUGACUGAAAGCAGAGGACUAGGGUAGGCAAGUAUAGUUUUUUUUCUCUAUUUUUUUACAGUACCAGCAACAUGUUAUUAUUUUAUUGUUUUUUAUGAUGCAAUACAUAAUAACAUGUGAAAAUUGGUAACACAUUGUUUGCCUGUUUAGCAGACAAUUAUAAUUAUCAUUAUGAUUAUUAAUAUUAAUACUACUACUAAUAUUAUUAGAAGUUGAUGAAAACAUAAACUAGAUAAAAUAUUACAUGAUAUGUAGUCUGAGUUCUGUCUUUAUAUGUGUGGUCACAUGGUCACUAAGCUGUUCUUUCAAUAUUACAUUAGGGAUCUGAAAUUCAGGUAUGAUAAAAAAGCUUUAGGUUAUGUUCACAGUCUUUUUUUCCCCCCAGCAUAUUACAUUUUUAAAAAAUUCAACCAAAAAAUCUUGUCUGCAUUUUUGACAUUGUUCUGCUCCAUGUAAGUCUAUGGGAAAUAAGUUGUCUGUGCAAAUAAUAUGUAAGAAAUUGUUGUAUUUUUACAUCAGCAUAAAUAAGAGACAUUUCAACUUUACCAAGCUGUAACAAUGCGUCUGUAUUUCUUACAUAUUGUUUGCACAAACUAUUUUUCAGAGGCCUUUUUAAAAAUUAAAGAAGCAAUCUGAUUGGUUGAUAUGAGCAAUUGUGCCACUUUUGCUCUGCACUGGUUUUGAUAAAUCUUCCCUAUUGUGUUCACAGACAUCCACUUUCUCAUAGAAUUAAGUAGAGCACAAUCAUGCCAAAAAUGCCGAUGCAAUUUGUCCGCAAUUUUUGGAGACGCAUUUUUUUUUAGCUACAAUCCCUAGACCCAUAAUAAACUGCCAAACCCAGCUGUCCAUUGUUAUUGUGUCCAAAUAUAAUUUACCAAGGUGCUAUAAAGUGGAAAUUCUAUGUUACUUAUUUGCAAUGACCAUUUUUACCAAGUUUUGUACACUAUACAUUUUAUUCAGUCACAAUGAUUUAGUACCAAUAUUAUUACAGCUUGAGCAGUUUUAUUCCUUAGAGCCAUCUCAUCGAUACACCAAUUCCAUAAAGGUUACACAUUUUCCUAGACAGAUCAGAUACUUUUCAUCUGCAGUCUAUAAAAUGUUCUUGCGAUCAGUCAGAUCUUGUCCACGAUUUUUUCAUUACUUUGUCGCCAGAUGUUGAUUUAUUAUGUUAAUUUGGCUCCAUCUGAUGGUAGAAUGUGUAGAUACACGGCGUAUCAAUAGACCAUUGUACAAGGAAAUAUUUUACAAUAAGGCGCUAUAAAUGUAGCAAUUUGACUUCCUUGUGAUACAUUAUAUUUUUUCCUUACACAUAUGAUUGAUUUUUAUUUCUGUGGUUACUCUUUUUGUUUACUGAAGCAGGCCUUUAAAGGAGUAGUCCAGUGGUG